CGGGACUGUUUAAACUGUGUGAAACAAGUGAGAUCGGAUAUCUCUACGUUUGGCAAGCCCACGCGGCCACGCCAGUUCCGUUGACCGAGCGGAGGGGAAGGUAGAGUGGUGAGGGCUGGAUUCGGAGAGCGUGAUAGCUCUCUACGUUAUGUACUGUAGGUCAAUCGGCGUUAAUAUCUUUUGUUCUUGCGGCCGAGUUACACGAGGGCGUUACUACCGCGUUAGAUUCGAGUUCAAAGUCACUAUGUUUUUCUCACAUGAAAUUUUGCAGAGGAAGAGUGCCCUGGGACAGAUAUGGAUUGCAGCGACAAUGGGGAUAUCCCGAAUCAAUAGACGCAAAGUCCAGGGCAUAGAUGUGAUUCAAGUCUGCUCACAGAUUUUGGAACCGGUGACACCCCUUGCACUGCGGCUAUCAGGAAUUCUGAUGGGUAAGUACACCAGCCGAGUGUCUACUCUUGUCGAAUCUUGCGACUUUAUUUGAUUGAUGUCCUCCUCCUCCCCGUUUCCCCCCCCUCUCCCCCCCAGCCCCCCACUCUGAACCUCCUCUCACUCCCCCUCCCCCGUCCCCUCCGCUUCUGCCUCCCCCUCCCAUCCCAUCCCUUUUAGGUUAAGCUUUGUAAAGUUAAAAGGGAUGCCUUUUCUGAUUAUUUUCAGUUGGUACAGGUUAGGCUGGUCAUUCCUGACCGUUUUUCAUUUCCCCCACCCUUGGCCGCCCUUCGCCUCCCUUCCCGCACCCAGUACCCCCCUCUCUGCACUCCCUCACCCUCAAAACAAAAUAACAAAGACAAG